UAAUCAUUGGGUCGCACUGCGUCUUCGCAUAAAGAUGCGGUGCACAUAAGUAUUGGGUUCACAGCCCACCUUGAACAGCUUGAACGCUCGCCCGCCGCGGCACGCAUCCCAGAGCCAUGUCGGACAGUAUAACCGCUGCAGUUACUUUUGUGAUAGAAGAGCAAUAUCUUCAGAACUGUUGCAACAUUGCUGCGUUUGCGAUGUACUUGUUUGACGUUGCGAUCACUCUCGGGGACCAGAUCGACCACAUAUGGCGCCGAAGCUUUUCAGGAGUCACGGCGUUGUUCAUAACGCUUCACUUGUCGACUUUAUCCGUGUAUGUGUUGUAUAUAGUGCAGGUUCCUCUCGUUGAAUGCCAGCCUGCCUACAUUACAAACAUGGCUUAUGCUCUUGCUAGCUCGGUUCAAGUGCUCACGGUCGCAGCUGUUGCGGCUCUACGUAUCUAUGCUAUCAACGGACACGAUGGGCGCUUGCCCACUCUCGUCUUCUCUCUGUCUGUUGUGUCCUUUGCGAGCACGCUUUACUACUGCGUGGUUCUUACGACGGAGUUCUUGCCGCCUCCCAUCAACGCCUGCGUCGUUUAUCCUAGUCAGCUGGGUAUAUAUUCUAAGUUUUCCAUCAUCGGAAACGCUUGCUUCAUUGUAGCCGAGUUACUUGUCUUACUCAGCACGUGGCGACACACUUACGGCUUGAAGAAACUUGCAAGAGAGAAUAAUCAGGAAGUCUCCCUGACGUACCUUCUGCUACGAGAUGGUACGGUCUACUUCGGCCUGAUGUUCUUUUUAGAGAUAUUUGCCUCCGUCGGCCAAUAUGUGACCGCACUGGCAGGCGCUCCCGGAUUUGUCUUCGCACUUGAAGCCAUCCUUCUCUCGCGAUUUAUCCUCAACCUUCGACGUGUCGCGCUUCAGCUCAUGAUCCCGCAUGGCCGCCAACUGGGCGCAGCGUCGUUCUCCGCCUUCAGUUCACGGCUCUCGUUUUCGGAGCUUCAGUUCGAUUCGCGCGUCCUCGGCACCCUGGGCGGGUCUUUGGCGCUGGGCUCGUCUUACGAUGGGGAGACGGGCAUCGGCAAUGAUGUUCUAGCCGAAGGAGACCCAGAGUAUCUGGAAGAAAUGGCUGCGCACGACGAGCGGUACGAGUUGACAAACUGAAGCAAAUAGUGCGGCCACCAAUCGAGCAGCACAGGCUCUGGUUUGAAGAACUCAG